CUCUCCGCUCCAUUCCUCCUAGCGACUGUUUUCUCCGUCUCUUCCUCCUCGUCCGUGUGUUUGUCUUCCUCCUCGUCCUUGUGCUUGUCCUCCCUGGCUCAAGCCGCGUUGAUUCAGGCCGACUGCAUCCGUGCAUCUGUUGGGUCCGCGGAUUUGGCAGAUUGUGUGAUUCGUCAUGCAACCGCAAGUGACGCGCGUUUUUCUUGCCGCGGUACAGAUUUGGUCAGCAUGUGCAGUGCGUCUGGUACCCCACGCGCCCAUCUCGUCCCAUGUGGAGCAGCUCGACCAGAUCAUUGGCGCAGCUCCACGAUCUCUGGGACCAGAUGUGGCUAGCCCCGACCUCUCGCAAUGCGAUGGUGAGUUGGACGCCGAUAUGUUUGUGCGUGGCGUGGCCUCCUAUAGGGUCCCCCGUGCAUCUCCAAUGCCCGCUCAGCGUCUGGAGCGCCGCGCAAACAGACAAGACGCAAACAAGCGAAUUGCUCUUGCACUUCGUGGAGAAAGCUUCCGGUCUGGGUCUUCAAACUCAGGUUUUCAUCUAAGCGAGGGUGCGUACACGUGCAGUGACCACACAUAUAAGGUGCAAUAUGGUAUUUGGAAGUCGCACAAGAUAAAUGUAAUUGACAUUCUGGAGAGAGAAGGUUAUGAGGUCGAUACUUACGUAUUCACCAAGCCGUGCUACAAUGGAAAAAACUAUCAUCAAGACUUGAUGCGGUGGUACAAGCCCAAGCGCUUCACAUUGCUUAACAACGCAACUUUUGCGCACAAGGGGCGCCAAGGAAUCUACGACCCCACGUUCAAAGGAGAAUUCUGGCAGUCUGCUUUUGCAGAGCACCUCUUGGAAAGCAUUAACCAUCCAGAAUAUGAAUCCAUAUUCAUGGUCCGACUGGAUCAGAUGUUUGUUGACACGCCCAUCACAGAUAUGAUGAUGGCAACUAGUGGCAAAAACGGGUUUCACUUUCCGCAGCGAGGUGAAAUAUAUGGCACAGAGAACCUGCAGUGGUUUCACUCCCUGGAUAAGGCCAAGGUUCGUCGUCAGAUCCGCGAGGGCUGUGUGUCGCGCGGGUUUGGGGACUGUGAGAAUUUUGGCCUACACGACCUGCCGCUCGAGAUUACCAACGUGCAGGCUUAUUACGACGGCUCCUCACUGUUUUGGAAAUGCCCCAUGCAAGGCACGAUUAGUAGCACUGAGUGGCAGCACUUCAGCGACAGAGGGUUCGACGGCUCGCUUGCGCGCCUUUGGAUUACCAGGCCAUUUGAUACAAGCUGCUGCAACGCUUCCUCAACGGUACUAUCUUUUGGAAAAUUCAUUGCUUGAGCAUUGCGAAUUCACAUCAGUCGGUUUACCUUUCGCGCCCGGGCGUGUUCUACAUUGACCGCUGCUUUGCCGUCGCCAUCGUGUUUGUCUUUGGCGCCCUUUGGGAAGGCGAAUGGAAAACAUCAUCGCUUCUCGUUCUGAUCCGAUCUGGUUUUAAGGGGUCGCGGCAACUACACGUGACAGGCGAGGAUUUUAUAUCCCAGAUCCGCCGGCCCCCUUGUGGGGCCACCAGGCUGUAGGCGCGUGAUUCGCAGUUUCCUGUGCCAGUCGUAGGUUUUCGUGUAAGACGUUAUAUUUACAAAAUGAGCGUUUCGCUCGCUCCUGGGUUGAUACUUGUCCUUCCAAUCCUGCUUGUCUCCUACGGCGUGAUAUAGGCCACCCUACGCCGAUAGAAGUACUUGCUGAAUAUGGGUGCCGACGAGGCCAGCUCUGCUAUGUCCAGGGCCCCAUUCUUUCAAUACCUCCACCCUACUCCCUCCUUUUCGCCCUCCUCUGGCUAAUUCAUACAGCGCUGCUGGGGGGUCACCCGGGUGCUGUAUGCCUUUGAGCUUCGCCGAGCAUAGGAUUUCUUCAUUAUCAUAUCUCCUCUCCUCCUUGUCGCUUCAGGCUCAGCGAAGCUGUCUUCCUCUAAAUCGGAGCUGGCUCAUCAUUGGCUCCUGGGUUGAUAUUUUUUCUUUCAAUCCUGCUUGUCUCCUACGGCGUGAUAUAGGCCACCCUACGCCGAUAGAAGUACUUGCUGACGGGUGCCGUCCAGACCAGCUCUGCUAGGUGGAAGGCCCCAUUCUUUCAAUACCUCCACCCUGCUCCCUCCUUUUCGCCCUCAUCCUCCUCCUUCCUCUUCAUUUUGCCGUACAGCGGCUUGUCGAGUUGCGCGUGUGCUCAUCCAGAAUCAGAGACCGUUAUCGGAAACACGGCCCGCGCUAUAGGCGCUACGCACGUCCAUCGUCGCUCGGUGGCGAUGCCAGGAAGCAGAGAGCGAGACCUCGCAUCACGGUUCUAGCCCACCCCUCUGAAAGCACCCGCUCCAGCUUUUGUGCCUUGGGGGCACUCCUGUUACUCCUGGGGGGGGG